CUUAGUUGUAUAUUUUAUUUUCGGUAGUAGUGAUUGAAUAAAAGAAUGACAUCGGCAUAACUCGAAUAAAAGAAUGGAGUAUAUCAUUGGUUAGUUUAAUAUUUAUAGGAAUUACUAAUUUGGUAGUCACCAAAGUGGCCUAGGUUAGUGAAACUUAUGAAUAUUAAACUACAUUAAAGUUUUGUUAAAAGGGUAACAAUUAAGUCAAUGAUAUUCUCGAUUGCAGUCAUAAUUAUAAGAAUGGGACUAGGCCCAAAGGAGAGUCACAUUUAAGUAAUUAUGAAUUGGGUAGGGUGAGUAAUUUAUGCAACUUAACGGGUUAGGAUUGGAUAUCCAAAGAUAACAUGACUAACUUGAUAAGCUGUAUAAAUUAUUUAGACUUACUUAGGUGAUUAUGUUGCACCUAAUUAAUGAGUGAACAAUAGGUAUGCUUAGGUUUCACCCAAAGGAGGACCUAAGUGAUGUCAAUAGUUCAUCAUUAUAAAUUAUUUAGACCUACUUAGGUGAUUAUGUUGCACUUAAUUAAUGAGUGAACAAUAGGUAUGCUUAGGUUUUGCCCAAAGGAGGACCUAGGUGAUGUCAAUAGUUCAUUAUUAUAAAUGUUUAUAAUUCUCAAAGCUUUUAUUAAGUAUUGUCCUAUUUUGUUUCCUGUUACAGUUCCUUAUUUCACUGCACUAAAAUACCUAAAGGCUGGGGAAGAUUGCUUUGAAUUUGCUGAUAAGUCACUUGUAGGUACAAUUAUGGCUGAUUUAAGCACCAUGAAAUAUGAUGGUAGUCGUGGAGUUCAAGAGCAUAUUUUGAACAUGUAUGAUAAAGCUGUAAUGCUUGCAACCUUGGGAAUUCAAGUGGAUGAGUCUUUCCUUAUUCAAGCUAUACUUAAUUCACUUCCAGCACAGUUUGGCCCAUUCAAAAUUCACUGUAAUGCCCACAAGAAAGAGUGGAGUUUGAAUGAGCUAAUAAACUUGUGUGUUCAUGAGGAAGUGAGAUUGAGAAAGGAAAGACGUCACACUGGAUUGGCUGUGACUCAAGUUGCUAUGAAGGAAAAGGGUAAAGUGAGAAAAUAUUCACCAAUGAAAGUCAAUGAAUCUGAGAAAAGUAGUCAGGCUCAUAAUGGUUUCACUGUCAAGGGUCACUUUUGUGGCAGUAAGGGACAUGUGAAGGAGGACUGUAACAAGCGAAAGGCUUGGUUCGAAAAGAAGGGGAUACCUUUCAACCCGGAAACCGGAGGAAAGUGAGGGAUUUGUCUUUAUGGGGAACCGUCUUAAGGCUGAAGUGGUAGCUGUUGGUACCUAUCGCUUGGUUUUAGAGACGGGUCAUCAGAUCGAUCUUGAAGACACUUUUUAUGUUCCCUCUAUUUCUAGGAAUUUGGUUUCUUUAUCUAGAUUAGAUUGUUCUGGAUAUUCAGUUUCAUUUGGUUGUCGAAAACUCAAAUUGAUGUUUAAUUCAAUAAUGGUUGGUUCUGGUGAUUUAUAUGAUGGUUUAUAUAAAAUUGCCUUGAA